AUGGCCGCCGAGAAUUACUGGAGGUACGCCGACGCGCGGCAGCAGCAGCAGGCGAUGGUGGCCGCUGCGGCAGCCGCGGCGGGGAUGGCCCCCGCGGCGACCGUCGCCGCGGCCCAGACAGCCGGGAGCGCGGCUGCUGCCAUGAAUCAGCAGGCCGCCGCCGCCGCCAUGGCACAGCAGGCUGCUGCCGCCGCGCCGCCGCUCAAGCGCGCGCGCCCCGACUUCGGAGAUGUGUCUGGUGGACAAGACAUGACAGGAUAUUAUCCACGUGAAACUGACAGGGCAGGAUACCAUUCCCUUAGAGAUAAUGACGCAAUCGGAGCAUCUUAUGACCGUUACUUGCGCAAUGGGAUGGCCUCUGUCGGUGCCAAUGACACUGCUAGGGCUGCAGGGAUGGGUGCUGGAAUGGGUGCUGGAAUGGGUGCAGGGAUGGGUGCUGGAAUGGGUGCAGCGAUGGGUGCUGGGAUGGCUGGCUAUGGUGUUGAUGAUCGGCGUAUGAUGGGUGUUGGGAUGGGAUAUGGUGGCAGACCUGAGCCUCCUCUUCCGCCGGAUGCAUCACCCACUCUGUAUAUUGAGGGCUUACCUGCAAACUGCACACGACGGGAGGUUUCACAUAUAUUUCGCCCAUUUGUUGGUUUUCGUGAAGUGCGUCUUGUCAACAAGGAGUCCAGACAUCCUGGUGGAGAUCCACAUGUGUUGUGUUUCGUCGAUUUUGAUAACCCUGCUCAGGCUACAAUUGCUUUUGAAGCAUUGCAAGGUUAUAAGUUUGACGAACACGAUCGUGACUCAGCCCAUUUGCGGCUGCAAUUCUCACGCUUUCCUGGUCCAAGGUCAGCUGGCGGGCCUCGCGGUAGGCGUUAA